UAGACACAUGGUGGUUUGAGGCUGUUUUUGCUGAAAACAUGGCAAGCAUAGAAGUACUGGCAAGCAGAUAUAGCUCAUUUGAUAAAAUGUACUGUCAUGACUUGCGCAAACAAAGCUUUGCAGACUGGCCAUUUAGAGAGGAAUGUAACUGCACACCUGAAAAGAUGGCCAAGGCUGGGUUUGUCCAUUGCCCCAGUGAGAAUGAGCCUGAUGUUGUGUGCUGUUUCUUCUGUCUGAUUGAGCUCGAGGGCUGGGAGCCAGAGGACGUUCCCUGGUCAGAACAUGCAAAACGCUCCCCUAACUGUGGAUUCUUAACCAUGAAGAAAGACUUCACCAAUCUAACUGUGGCUGAAUACCUUGGAAUGGAGAAAGACAGGCUGAAGAUCUAUCUUAGAAAAAUUUCUCAUAAGAAGAUGGCUUCAAUGCGGGAAGCCAUAGACUACACGCUUGAGACGCUUAAAUCUCACUUGGACUCGUAAUGAUUCUAUAUAUGUUGUGAUUUUUAUGAAAGGGUGCAGCAAGAGCCUGUAGUCUUUACUAAGUACUUCUAUGGAAUGGCAGUUUAAAAUAUCAAUAAAGUUUUGAAGUUUA